AUGAGUAUAGCAGUACAGCAGAAUGAUGAAAAACCGCCACACGACAUUGAUAGAGAAAAGUUACACCCAAAGGUAAAGGAAGCAGUCAAGAUUGAAGCAAAAUCGGCAGACCAAAAGGUGGUUGUUGUUGUAGUUGACGAGAACACACCUCUGCUUCCACCAUCACCUAAGAAAAAUCUGAAAAGGGCUGAUCAUGAUGAGGAGGAGGAGGAGGAGGAGGAUAGGAACAAGUUCGUGACGUGUAUUGUCUCCCUGUUUUUAAUUGUGACAUUAUUCUUUUCUGCCACAUUAUAUCAAACACCAAAAGGGUUUUCCUCCUCAAGCAUCCAGGUGCACUCGUUUUCGGUUGAGCUCUUCAAAGUCUCUGUUCUCAACUCUCAAGUAACUGCUCUCUGGAACAUCAGUUUCUUCUUAACAAACCCUUAUAGCAUUGUUAGGGUAACUUAUCAGGUACUCGACGCCGAGGUCUUUUACAGAGAUGAGUUUCUCGGAGGAGCAUUGAUCAGGCCUUUUGUUCAGCAGCCAAAGGAGACAGAGUUCUUGUCAGUCGCUGUUAUUGUCUCCCCCGCAGUUGUUAGCAACCAGAUAGCCAGAGCCAUUGAUGCAGAAAGGAGCCAAACUCGGGCUGUGAAUUUCAACGUCAAAAUUCAUGCAAAGAUCCGUGUAGAAUGGGGCGGUUGGCGAUGGAUUUUUGCUAGUGCACCAAGAACGUUUGAGAUAUGGUUUAACUGUGAAAAGUUGAGGGUUCAAUUCUCUUCAAAUACGACAGCUGGAUCAAUAUUGCCAGGAGAGACAGCCGAAUGCGGCUAUGAUUCAGAGUAUCGAUGA